CCCGCCCCCACCAGGAGGGACUUCUACAAGAUCCUGGGGGUGUCCCGCGGCGCCUCCAUCAAGGACAUCAAGAAGGCCUACCGGAAACUGGCGCUGCAGCUGCAUCCCGACAGGAACCCCGACGACCCCCGGGCGCAGGAGAAGUUCCAGGACCUGGGCGCUGCCUACGAGGUGCUGUCGGACGAGGAGAAGAGGAAGCAAUAUGAUGCAUAUGGCGAAGAGGGAUUGAAGGAUGGGCACCAGAGUUCCCAUGGAGACAUCUUCUCACACUUUUUCGGGGACUUUGGAUUUAUGUUUGGAGGGAAUCCUCGCCAACAGGACAGGAACAUUCCCCGAGGAAGCGACAUCAUCGUGGACCUGGAAGUUACACUGGAGGAGGUUUAUUCAGGAAACUUUGUGGAAGUUGUUAGAAACAAGCCAGUGGCAAGACAGGCACCUGGCAAACGGAAAUGCAAUUGCCGGCAAGAGAUGAGGACCACCCAGUUGGGCCCUGGACGUUUCCAGAUGACUCAAGAAGUUGUUUGUGAUGAAUGUCCCAAUGUCAAGCUUGUGAACGAAGAGCGAACGCUAGAAGUGGAGAUAGAGCCAGGUGUGAGGGACGGUAUGGAGUAUCCCUUCAUUGGUGAAGGUGAACCCCAUGUGGAUGGAGAGCCAGGUGAUUUGCGCUUCCGAAUAAAAGUUCUUAAGCAUCCGGUCUUUGAAAGAAGAGGGGAUGACUUGUAUACAAAUGUAACAAUCUCGCUGGUCGAGGCACUUACGGGCUUCGAAAUGGACAUUGCCCACUUGGAUGGGCACAAGGUUCAUGUUGCUCGGGAUAAAAUUACGAAACCUGGGGCCAAGCUGUGGAAGAAAGGAGAAGGUCUUCCAAAUUUUGAUAACAAUAAUAUCAAAGGUUCACUAAUAGUGACAUUUGAUGUGGAGUUCCCCAGAGAGCAGCUGACAGACGAACAGCGGGAAGGUCUCAAACAGUUAUUGAAGCAAGGAUCAGUGCAGAAGGUGUACAAUGGAUUGCAGGGAUAUUAGUUUGGAAAAACUGGACUUAAUUGAAAAUGACAAGUCAGAUUUGUCUGAAGUCUAUUCUCCUGCCCAUUGCAGAAUGAAAAAGAGGGAGGGUGGGGCAAUUGUUGAAGUGUGUAUAUAUAUAACUUUUGGUUUUUUGUAAACAGUGAAAGUGCUCAGACGAGUUGGGAAAAAUUCUACCCUUUUCAGGGCAUAACUGGUGCUGCCUAUAGUGUUCAAUGUCCUGGAACAAUGAAAAGACUCCUUGAGCAGAACAAAGUGGGGAAAGGAGUUUUAAAUUCCAUACAGAUUGGAAUUUCUGGUUUUUAAAUAUAUUUUGAUGUGACUUUUCUUGGCCAUCUCAACACUUUCAUAGCUUCUCCUGCUUUUUAUGUCCUUUGUGUCAGUCUCUUCCGAGUAGCACUUUUUUCUUUUAAUUCAAGCCCUUUCUUCCUUUCCCCUCCACGUCCAGAGUGUGAUAUUGUUUCAGAGUGUGCGUUUCUGGGGCCAGAGUACAGGUGCUGUUGAGAGUGGACUGCAGGAAGAGCUUUAUAUACUAUGUUAGGUCUCUACACGUGGUUGAGAAAGCAGUGGUGAAGAGAAGUCGCUUAAGCCUUCUGUGGACUCUUAGCUGCCAAGAAGUCCUCUCGUCCUGAAAGUUAACACUUGGUCUUGAUUUUUGAAGUUGUAACUUUUUUCUGGCUUAGCAAAGACACCUCAGACCACCUUCAUACUGUGGGAUUUUGGGAAAAAUAACGGAAAUGACUGCUUGUGGUCUUGAUUCUUCCUACUUGCCCCCAACUGUAACUGACAGCUUGGCUGGAAAAGUUCACUGACCUCCUGCACUCUGUCCUCUAUGAGGACAGGUGACGCUAACAGCGCAGAAAUAAAGAUAUUUGAGCUGGAA